AUGACGAGUGGAAUUGAAUGGGAUGUGGCGGUUGUGUAUGCCCACAAGGAUACGUGUAUUACACGCUCGAUGUGGGAUGAUAUCUCUAGGAUCCACAACCGUACCUCUCCCUUGUUGGUUAGGGGGGACUUCAACUGUAUCAUGGCUCCGAAUGAAAAGAAGGGUGGUAGUGCCUUUCACAUGUCCCCGGCCGCCUGUGAUAUGGCUGACUUCAUGAUGGUAAAUGAUCUUAUUGACCCUUGGUUUGUUGGGCCGGCGUUCACAUGGACUAAUAAUAAAGAUGCGGGGAGUAAAAUCUUUUCCAGAUUGGACAGGUUCAUUGUUAGCUCGGACAUAAUGGAUGAGUUUCAGGGGCUGCGGGUCAGGCACCUUUCCAGACUCGUCUCUGACCACUGCCCUAUUCUUUGUUCGAUCUUUGCGGAGACGAAAAUCAAUUACUCCCCGUGGUUUCGGUUUGAGGAUGUUUGGGUGAACUAUCCCAAGGCCCGACAGUUGGUGAUGGAUAAAUGGAAUGAUGGGGACCAUGGCAGCGAAGCGGUUCAACUCCAGAGGAAAUAUAGUAGAACACUGAAGGCUUUGUUUUUCUGGAGUAGAAACAAAUUCAAGAUGAUAAAUAAACAGAAGGAUGAGCUGGAUAGUGAGAUCCAGAAAUUACAGGAAUUGGACAGAGAGCCGGGCGGUCUGAGUGAAGCACAGAAGGAGAAGCUGAGAUUCAAUGUGCAUCUUUUCAAUAGCACUCUGGCCCGCAUUUUGAUGUGGUGGAAGCAGAGGGCUAAAGUAAGGUGGGUUGAAGAGGGAGACGGUAAUACGGGCUUCUUCCACUCUAUGACAUCGGCACAGAGGAGAUCAAAGCGCAUUGAGUCCAUCAAGCGGGAGGAUGAAAUGGAAGGGGCAGGAAUUGUGGAGUCGGGGUGGCCGGCUCUCGAUGGCCACCAGAGAAAUAUUAAUCAGUUUUCCGGGUUACUGGAUGGAGAUGUGUCGGAGGAAGAAAUUUUGAAGGCUGUUAACUCACUGGGGUGGAACAAAGCCCCAGGGAAAGAAGGGAUAACUGCUUCCUUUUUCAAAGCCUACUGGGAUAUUGAGGAGCAGGCCGCCUUCAUUCCUGGGCGUUCUAUUACGACACACUGCCUUCUUGGGCAGGAGCUGAUCCAUAAGUUCAAGGUGUCUAAGGCGGCUAGGGGGUUUUUUCCUUUGAAGGUAGACAUGGAACAGGCGUACGAUAAGAUGAGCUGGAGGACUUCGGAGAUUAUUUUGGGGCGUUUGGGUAUUCCCCCGAGGUUCGGAGCGUGGGUCCUUAGCUGUGUGAUGGGUCCGAGAUUCUUUAUUCUCACCAAUGGGAAAUUUUCAAACUUGAUUAAUGCUGAAUGCGGCUUUCGGCAAGGGUGCCCGCUGCCACCCUACUUGUUCAUCCUCUGUUCCGAGUUACUGUCUGUGCACUUCAAGCAGAACUUCAGGGAGAUGGGAGUUCCAAUCAGUUUGGGAGGACCUCCUAUCUCCCACCUCCUUUAUGCUGACGACAUUCUCUUUUUUGCAGGUGCAUCCUCGACAAAGUCGACAAUUCUUUUCAGCAAACGGACACCGUCGACGACGAAAGACCGGUUGACCAAACUUAUGGGUUGCUACAGAGUUGACGAAUUUGAGUACAUGGGAAUUAUGUUUGCUAUGAGAUGGCUUACUAGACUGUAUUUUGCCCCGCUUGUCCAAAGAGCACGUGCUCAUUCGUUAAGUUGGGCUUUCAGGCAUCUCUCCAUGGCUGGGCGGGUGACGUUGAUUAAUUCGGUUUUGUUGCCAUCCUCAGUGUUUCUGAUGACUCAUACCAUUAUCCCUAAGGCGGUUCUCCACGAGAUUGAGAAGAUUUGCUGUAGCUUCCUUUGGGAUAAAGAUUCUGAACAUAGGGCAUGCAUUAUGUUUCUUGGAAUGAGGUGGCACGUCCAACACGUAAAGGCGGUCUUGGGUUCCAUGCCAGCACUAAAUCGAUUGGGGCACUCCGGGCACGAGUUGCUUGGAAUGUCAUUGGGAGCCCGACGGGGCUGCUCCAAAGAUGCCUCAGCCACAAAUAUGGGGAUGAUCUACGAGCGUAUGGCACCCCGCGGGGUCAUUCGAACAGUUGGAAGGUGA